GAGAAUCAUGGCUGCAGGAAAAUUCGCAAGCCUUCCCCGAAACAUGCCAAUGAAUCACCAGUUUCCCUUGGCCUCAUCCAUGGACCUUCUGAGCAGCAAGGCCCCUCCCGCUGAGCAUCGCACAGAUGCCUAUCAAGACGUGUCUCUACACGGCACCCUUCCACGGAAGAAGAAGGGCCCGCCCCCCAUCAGGUCGAGCCACAUGGGCACUCUGCCCCACACCAAAUCCCCACGCCAGAGCUCGCCUCUCACCCAGGAUGUCAUCCCAGAAAACCCGCUCCACGACUGGAAAGGCGAGACUUUCACCUUCAGGGAUCCUCAUCUUCUAGACCCAACGCUGGAAUAUGUGAAGGUAGGAAUCCAGGAUUUAGUGUGAAUAGUAGUAGAUUUA